GGAGAGAGGAAAUAAAGGAACACGCGGUGGAAAUUGCUGGAUUAAAUUCGGUGUUUUUUAUUCAUUUAUAACCCGGAACAGAACGUAACAUUUGGCGACGAGGCGGAAAAGAACCCGCAGGAAGCGUGUGAGUGAAAUUUGGUUCAAUCCGGCGGCGAGAACUCGGAAAAUCGGUGAGGGAACCCCGAAGCCGCACUUAACGUAAACAAAAGAGCGACUUGAUCCGGACGAGAAGCGAUUGAAUUCGAGCACGAUGGUAGAUGCAGCAAGCAACUCGAGUGUGUCACCUUUUAUUCCCGGGGACACAUCCACGGUGUCGGCCCGGUGGAAGAAGUGGAAGCGUGCCUUUCAAAUCUUCCUCGACGUAAACAACGUCACGAUUCCCGCCCGGAAGAAUUCAUACCUUCUUCACUACGUGGGACUCCAAGUGCAGGACGUGUUCUUCAGUUUGCGAGGGGAGGAAGCACCGGCAGUUCCGGCCGGCUCGGAUGAAUUCAAGGAGACGAUGAGGCUGCUGGACGAGUACUUCCUGCCGAUGAAGUGUCUUCCGCUGGAGCGGCACAAGUUCCGGAACCUGGCACAAACCGACGAUGAACCCAUCGAGAACUUCGUUCUUCGCCUCCGAGAACAAGGCAACCUCUGCGAGUAUGGUGACCACUUGGACGAGGAAAUCAAGGAACAACUUUUCGAAAAGGGUGCAUCGGAUGACUUGCGAGCGAAGAUCCUCAACAAACCGCAAAUGACACUGGCCGAAACAGUGGAAGCAGGUCGAGCGAUGGAGACAAUCGAGAAGCACAAGACGAACACGACUGUGGCCCAGGUACCGGAAGAAAUCCACCGAGUAAGAUCCAAGGCAAAGAAACGGGAAUGCUAUCGAUGUGGCCAUCAGGGCCAUUUCGCCAACGACGAUAACUGCCCUGCGAAAGACCAGAUGUGCAAGCGUUGCGGCUUAAUCGGCCAUUUCAAGAGCUGCUGCAAGACGAAGAAGCAGAAGAAGAAGGUGAGCGGAAAGGGUACGCGACACGCAACGGCCAAGCAUCACUCUUGUGAUUCGGAUGACUCCGAUGACACGGAGAAACAAAGCGGAAGCGAUUCGGAUGAGGACAGUGUGCAGUAUCUCUUUGCGACUGAUCCGAUUAGAGAAGGAAGAGCUGUUUGCGCUGUUGGAGACGUUCCCAUCGAGUGGGUGAUCGAUUCAGGAGCCGGCGUGAACGUCGUUGAUCGUCGAACCUGGGAGUACCUGAAGCAGCAGAAGGUGCGCGUCAACUUCCAGACAACUGCAGCAAAAAGAACGGUGAAGUCGUUUACUGGGCAACCGGUACAAAUCACUGGAAUGUUUUCUGCGGAGAUUGCUACGAAGGUAAAGGGAGUCGAAGCAGAGAUCUAUGUGGCGGAAGAUGGUGAGUGCUGCUUGCUGGGACGAAGGACAGCGUUGGAUCUUGGAAUUCUCAACAUCGACAAGACGGUAUGUGUGUCAAGUGACAGCGAGGCAGUUUGGGAAGGAAUUCGGGGAACAAGCGAAGUGAACUGGAGGCGCGACCUGAAACCGGUUUCGACACGGGAAGAGGCACACCUGGGAGGGGGGAACAAGAACUGUCAGAACGUGGGAGAGAGGAAAUAA